GUCUUGCAUCCACUUACAGUCCUGCACAUCAAAUACAUUUAGAGCAUCGUAAUGCGUUUCAGCUUAUGUCGGUUCCAACUUUAGUGUUCAUCGAGGCUGCAGGCUGCACCGUCACAUAUCAGCGGGGGGCGGGGAGCACCGAGACGCCUUCACACGCGGUGCUCCAGCCCAGGCAGAGUGACGGUGCUCUGGAGCAUCUCGGCCGAGCCUCACACACUCUGUGCGGCAUCGCGUGGAGGCGUACACGGGCCGUCCUUCCGUCCAUUCGAGAGAGAGAGAGAGAGAGAGAGAGAGAGAGAGAGAGAGAGAGAGAGAGAGAGAGAAAGAGAGAGGGAGGGAGAGAGAGAGAAAGAGAGAGAGAGUCAUUUUGGAGGAAGAAAACAACGCGUAUGCUCGCGCUAUUCCCCGGUGUGGAUGUACGGAGACUGACGGGGGAAGAGGACCAAAGCCACACUCUCGUUUUACCGAGCCUCCUGCCCAGUUUUCAAUCUGAAGCUCUGGUCCUCCUCGCUGACCAGAGUGGACGACUACACCCUGCCGUGAAGAGCAACAUGACCCAGGAGGGGCAGGCUUUGCCGUCGCCCACCCCAUCAGAGAACCCAGCGGAGCCCGUCCCAAGUACCAACCACCUGCCUAGAGAUAGUCUGAACCAGACAGGGCAAGACAAGCCUGGUGCAGAGGUGAAGGAAGACAUAGAGGAGAGAAAAAAAGAAGACGAGCUCAGUAAAGAAGAGGAGCAAACACAGAGGGAGGCAUACUGUAAUGCUGAAGGGAGGGCAGAAAUAAAGAAAGAGGGAGGAGAGGAUGAUUUGAAAGAGAGUGCUGAUGUCCACGAUCAACAGACAGACGGAGGAGGGGAGGAGGAAGAGAGGGAUGCGGCAAACGGGGAUGAAUGCAGAAGUGAUGAGGUGUGCUCCAAAAGGGAGGAGGAAACACAUGCGGCAGAUGAGAUGAAAGAGGAUGAGGAGGGGGGAAAGAAUGGAGAGAUGCAACCACACACGAACGAUGAAGCAACUCAGCCCCUGCAGCAAGCUGGACGAUUAACAAAUGGCAUAAACGGGAAUCAAGACGAUGAUGAAGGUGGAGAAGGGGACUAUGUAGGAGAUGAGGGCGGGCCUCAUAUACACUUAGACACUUUUAGCUCUGACUUUGAAACCACUGUGGAACAGGCUGACACAGAAGUGGAGGAAGAGGAGGAGGAGGAAGAUAUGCCAAAAGAAGAAGGUGGGAGAAGAAACCAGGACAGUUUCAGCUCAGCCUUUGAGCAGAUUGUCGAGCAGGUGCAAGAGGAAGAAGAGGACGAGCAGGAGACGGUUUUGGAAGAAGAGAGACAGAAAGGUCAGGUGGACAACAGGGAUGGCUUCAGCUCCACGUUUGAGCGCAUCGUGGAGUCUGCCCUGCUGAGAGGCGGGACCUGUUACAGUAGUUUGGACUCUCUGGAUGUGCUAUCGCUCACCGACGAGACUGACAGCUGUGUCAGCUUUGAAGCGCCACUGACACCACUUAUCCAACAGAGGGCUCUCUUACUGGGCCCUGAGCCUCUGGAGCUGGAGCUGGCGACUGUUCAAGAGCAGGAAGGGGCUGAGGCUGGACCAGAUGCCCCAGCUGGCGAUCCCAGGGACGGGGAUGGCACUGGGGGGGGAGCUGCGGCUGUGACAGAAGUAGGAGCAAGCCCACUGAGGACCACCAUACCAGGAAGCAGGUCGGAGUUUGUUCUGAGUCAGCCUGGAUGCUGGGCCAUCCCCAAUGGAUACCAUACUGACUCCCAGGAAGCCGUGGAGGGAUGUGGAGUCAUGCACAACUCUCUCAGCGAUGCCAACCUCACAGACGUGCUGUCUGACUCAGACGAGUGCGAGUUGGGCAGUCUGGAGCAUUUGGAGCGCGGUAGCACCGACACUCUGGCCAAUGGCUGCCGAGCUGACUAUGAAGCUGCCAAAAGGCUCGCCAAGCGCCUUUAUCACCUCGAGGGCUUCAAGCGCUGCGAUGUGGCCAGACACCUGGGCAAGAAUAAUGACUUCAGUCAGUUGGUGGCGUCAGAGUACCUGAGUUUCUUUGAUUUCUCGGGCUUGUCACUGGAUCGGGCCCUAAGGAACUUUUUAAAAGCCUUUCCAUUGAUGGGGGAGACGCAGGAACGAGAGAGAAUCCUAGUGCAUUUCUCCAAACGCUUCUGCCACUGCAAUCUACAAACACUCACCUCUGAAGAUGGAGCCCACACAUUAACCUGCGCUCUCAUGCUGCUUAACACAGAUCUACAUGGACAUAACAUUGGAAAGAAGAUGUCUUGCCAACAGUUCAUCAGUAAUCUAGAUGGCCUCAACAAUGGCAAAGACUUUCCCAAAGAUUUAUUAAAGGUCUUGUAUAACUCAAUCAAGAACGAGAAGCUCGAGUGGGCUGUUGAAGAAGAAGAGCUACGGAAGAGCCUGUCAGAGCUGGUGGAGGAGCAGUGUGAGGGCGGUACUAAACGUGUUGUCAGGGUAACGGACAGCAAUAACCCUUUCAUUGCCAUCCCCAUCCUCCUCAAUGCUGUAACCUACAAACACGGGGUGCUGACUCGCAAAAGCCAUGCUGACAUGGAUGGGAAACGGACCCCGCGGGGUCGUCGUGGUUGGAAGAAGUUCUAUGCCGUUCUUAAGGGAAUGAUAUUGUAUCUCCAAAAGGAUGAGUAUAAGCCAGAUGCUGACAUUUCAGAGGUGGACCUGAAGAAUGCUGUGCGGAUCCACCACGCUUUAGCGACUCGCGCCACUGAUUACAGCAAGAAAGCCAAUGUACUCAAGCUCAAAACCUCUGACUGGAGAGUUUUUCUGCUACAGACCCCGAGUGAGGAGGAAAUGAUGUCAUGGAUCUUCCGAAUAAACCUGGUGGCAGCGCUGUUCUCCGCUCCAGCGUUCCCUGCUGCCAUUGGCUCCAUGCAAAAAUUUUGCCGGCCCAUCCUUCCGUCCUCGUCAACAAGACUCAAGCAGGAGGAGCAGCUGCUGAGUCACGAGAGCAAGCUGAAGCAGAUGAGCCUGGAACUGGAAGAGCACCGGAAAAACCCGCCCUCAUCUGACCCCAAAAGCCGCGAGUGGGAGGAGUAUCGGCUCAAAGAGCACUACCUCACAUAUGAGAAAACUCGCUAUGAGACGUAUAUCAGCCUCCUUGGGGCCAAAAUCCGCAUCGAGACAGACGAUCUGGAGAAGAUUGAGGCCAGUGUGCUGAGUGGCCUGAUGAUGGAGAGCGUCCUGGCCACUCGCGAUUACCACCUCCGCAAGACACAGUCCUCGCCGUCUAUCAGCCAGGCUCACAGCGGUUUGAACGGGAGGGGCGCUGGAUGCACUGCCCUAGGACAAGUGAGCUGAGGAGGGAAGGGGACCACAGAGACCACUACCCUAAAAAUUACUUCCCUCAAAGCUAAAACCAGCGUCAUGUAACGUUAUUGGGUUCCCAGUUUGUCAUUUUACCAAAAUCAGAAUCCUUCCUAGAAUGUAUCAAUCCUUGUGAUAAAGUUUCCUUGAGCAAUAGAAGACCCACCCUCAACACUCUGACUUACCCCUGCCUCAACCUCAGUACUGUUGCACAUUGAAAAUGAUCGGAACUGUGAUCCCUAUUUAUUACAUCAUCAGUAUUAUUAUUUUUUAAGUCAAGCGUGAUGCAGUUGUCUUUAGUUGAAAUAUGGGUUUCCUUUUCAGCAGAGAGAAUGAGGCCAGACAACAACACAAAUGACGUUCAAGCACGUCUGGUUUCCUCUCUUUCUGGUGUCUCUGCAGGCAGCGGCUGAGAUAGAGGAAAUGGAAAUGGUACUACUGUAGAAUUAUGGCCUUUGCGUUUCACACUCACCUUUGGACCUAAAUUUUGGGUGGAGCGUGAUUUGCAAAGGCGAUGCCACAAAUCUGUUACAGAAACUCAAAAAUCUCAGAAGGAUCCUCCCAGGCUGAAAAUAUUUAUUUAUUUAUUUAAUUCUUAAAAAAAUAAAUAUAAAAUAAAAUAAAAAAGAGAGACAGUUAAAGUGCUCUUUUUGCAACCUUCUCCUUGCACACGCGCAGAGAGGGACGCCCUCAUGGAACUGUUUGCCGGAGGAGCUCGGAGUUGAGUGCCUUACUCACGGCACCUUGACACCAGCUAGUGAGCACACGGUCAACAAGAACAACUUGAAUCCAAAAGGACUUGAAACAGCGCCAACUUGCUCAAGGUCUUGCGCUGUGAUUUCUAAGCCGCUGUUACCCCUAAAGAGUGACACGUUCAAAUAUUCUUUUUGUUUCUAGCGUCUCAAAGAGGAAAUCAGCAUGUGACUGAAUUAAAGCACCGUGCUACUGUAUGUUCUGUUAUAAUCGCUACUCUGCUCUUCUUGAAAGCCUGCACUGACAAAAGUUGAGUGCGAAGGGUCAAAAGACUGAUGACUGAACCCUAAAUAUCAAUGCAGUGAGGUCCAGUAGUAUUUGGACAGUGUUUUUUUUUAUACACCACCAAAUUUAAUUUGAAAUGAUUGUGUUUGAAGCGUAGACUCUUAGCUUUUAAGGGGUUUCACAAAAAUAUGUCAUUUACCAUUCAGCGUGGCUCAAAAGUAUUUUAUGGUUUACCAGGCCUUCACUGCAACCACUUUCACUUGCAUUUGUUUGUCUUGAGAAUUUGAUUCAAGAACAUGAGGGAGGCUUCUUUCCUUAAAUGUAAUCUACCAGUGUUUGUAUUGUUAAUGUAUUUUCAUUUCAGGAAGACAUUUACAGACCUGUAAAUUUUAAUGAUAUAUCUCUGAUCUCCAGAUUAUUCUCGACUUCUGUUGCUGUUUUGAAUAUUUCUUUUCACCUCUUAAAGCUGCAAAUAUACACUUCAGUCACAUCAUGGUAGCGUAUGAAGGCAUACAUUGUCAAUGUCAUUGUUAAAAUACUUCUGCUGCUGGUUAGGAAGAAGUUAAUGUAGCAGGGUCAAAUUGCGCUUUCAUGCUUUUUGGGUGAGAAAGAAUCCAGAAGUCUUUUGCUGAAGGAGACUGAUCAUCCUAAUCAGGCUUUCUUAUCACAGACAAACGAGCAAAAAUGCAGCUAUCAUCGUCGUGACCAGCACCUCUUUAGAAAAGAUCCAAAUAUUUCAUUCUUGUGUUCUUCAUAGUGAAAUGUUGUCUUCUUUGGUGCCCAUGGCCUAUUUGGACAAGUGUAGCAGCAGAACGGUUCCAAUUUGGCACACAAACACCAAUAAAAGUGUCAGAUGAGUAGCUAUGGAAAACAACUCCACCAGUGGGAUAGCGAUCAAAACAUCCUCCACAGGUUUAACAAUGAGCAUUACGAAAGAUUUGAUUUCUCAGAAGCAGAUGGUUUGGUUUUCUCAGUAAGACCCAGAAGGCAAAGCAAACUUCCAGUACAUACUUAACAAAAUAGCACAUUAAGGCUUCUUGGAACUUGCAUAAAAAGUGGACAUUGGGUUGUGGAGGGAAUGGUGACGGUACCGAUGUUUGUGAGCACCUUAAUGAUCCCACCCAAAGGCGGACGCACACAUACACACACAAACACACACACACACACAUUCUAAGUAAUUUGUUUAUGACACAACUGUAGAGCUUAGAGCCCCUCACUCAGCCUCAGUGAGAGACUUGUUGACUUUUCACCAUAGCUUUCCAUGUCCUCAUGAGCUGUCACGUCUUUGCUUUGGGGUUUGAAAAUCAUUUGGGGACUUCUCUGGAAACUCUGAAUCCCAGCUAGACAACACUAAAAGUAGAAAGUUGUAAUGUAUCAGGAUAAAUAACUAGCUUUUUUACACGGAGAUUUCUCCUUGUCACUUCGGCUGUUGUGCUAACCGAUGUUCCCAAUGUUCUAGGGUAGGCCUGUGCUAUAAAAUAGGACUGUGACAAAAAUAUUUGUUGAUUGUUAUGUUCAUUAUUAAAAAAAAAAAAAAAAGGCAACUUCGGCACUUUGAUGUCAGCAUUAGACCUGUCAUUUUGCUUUGUUUGUAUAUUUGAACUGUUUUCUUUCUCCUUCGGAUGUUCAUACAGUGUAAAGACAUAUUUACUGAAUAUUUAGUCUGUGCUUCAUAAAGUAAGGUUUUAUAGAGAAGAAUGUAGUUGUGAUUUAUUAAUAUUGGCACCAAAACGACGUGCAGCUGUUUGGGUUCCAUUUACAUCACUGAUGUACUGUACAUAUUUCUUUGUACUCUAUAUUAAAAGCAUUUUAGAAGAAUAUAACUAUUUCACAAGUUUCAUAAUUGGAAUCUAGAAACAGGGAUCCCCCCCGUCCCUUACCUUUGAUAUUGUGGUAUCAGCAAGUAUGACCAUGUAAAAAGAACUUGUUCGAAAUGAAAAAUUGUGCGAGGCAGAGUGCUGACAAAGAUGCAGCAUGUAAUCUAAACGCAUAAGAUAGAUAAAACACAUAAAUAAUUGUUGUCCCAAGGUCCCACAUUUUACCAAACCAUCUUUUUCUAGUAUUUCGGAUGUUAUAUUGGCUGUAUGUUGCCUCAGUAAACGUGAAAUAUGAAUUAAAACUGUCCACGCAUUCCUGA